AAAAAGAAUUAUAAUUCACUUCUGCACGUUACGCAUUAAUUGUCAAAAUUGAGUUUAGUCUACUUUUCCUUCAAAAUUUCGAAAGUGUUGUAUAUUGUUGUUCUUAAAUUCCUUCGUCAGUUUUUCUUUUCACCCUAUAUGUAAUUCUGGCAAUGCUGUAUAUGUAAAAAACAGCUGAAUAGAGGAAAGUUUCUGUGGUUUUUUCAUUAGUUAUAAAUAUUAGCUACAAAAAGUUGUGCGAAUUAAACGACGUUUUUCUGCAAACGCACACUUGAUAACAGUAAAUAUUUAAAUAACAAUUAAUUCAAAAAAGUUGUGAACCAUAUAAUUCUAUAAAAACACUGCAUAAAUGCAGUAUAGUGAGCAAAGGAUUGUAUGCACAAGGUUGUUAGCGAGGAUUAUUUAGCCGACGAUUGGAAUUUCAAUAAGCAAUAAUUUUCGACAUACCAUUUGCAAAUGUACGAUGGCCUUUCAGAGUAUAAGACAAUUUUACGUAGAAAUUCCUCCAGUAACUCGCUUUUACACGACAGCAUGCGUCCUUACUACAUUGGUUGUGCAUUUGGAUAUUGUAUCGCCUUUACAAUUAUAUUUCAAUCCUACUUUAAUUUUACGUAAAUUACAAUUAUGGCGUUUAGCAACAACCUUCCUGUUUUUUGGUUCAUCAGUAGGCAUAACCUUUUUUUUUAACAUUGUCUUCACCUAUCGUUAUUGUCGCAUGCUCGAAGAGGGAUCUUUUCGUGGACGAAGUUCCGAUUUUGUUACCAUGUUUUUAUUUGGUGCCGCUCUUAUGACUUUUUUCGGCAUGUUUGUAAACCUAUUGUUUUUGGGCCAGGCCUUUACACUUAUGCUAGUGUACGUCUGGUCACGUCGUAAUCCAGGUGUACGUAUGAAUUUUUUCGGUGUCAUGAAUUUUCAGGCACCCUAUUUACCUUGGGUUUUAUUGUGUUGCUCCAUGAUUUUGGGUAAUACCAUAUGGGUGGAUAUAAUUGGCAUGGGUGUCGGCCAUAUAUAUUACUUCCUCGAAGACGUAUUUCCAUUCCAAAGAAACGGUUACAAAUUUCUAAAAACACCAAAUUUUCUAAAGCUUUUAUUUAACGAACAUAUAGACCGUAAUUAUCAACCGCUUCCGGAAGAUCGUCCAGGCGGUUUUAAUUGGGGCGGCGACGAAGGCCAACCUCCACCAGAUAAUAAUAACGCUGAAGAAGGGGCACUUAAUGCAGAAGUCGCACGAGAUCCUCAACAAGAUCAUAACCAAAGAGAUAUUCCGGCGGCUGUCGUAAAUUAGUUCACCAAUUCGAAAUGUUAAGAAAACCCGCCGUUUCCAAACAAGCAUCUCGUAACAAUUAGUGAUUUUCCAAGGUUUUUCUUCAAAUUUUUCAAUUUUUCUUACUACUUCGCAAAUAGCAAUCGUUUUGUGGAAAUGCUUUAAAGUUCAUGUAUAUUUUGCUACUAAUUUUUAUAAGCGCUGAAGUACUAUUGAGUCACUAUAGGUUAAAUUUACAAAAACCAAAUGAUCUAAAAAAUAAACGUUAAUAGAAAAAAAGUUGUUCUUUACAUUAAAACGAUUAUGUUCUAUGUUUUAUUUUUAUUAUUUUUCAUUUUCUUCUUUUUUUAUUUAUUCAUACAGUUCCGACAAUAAUGCGAUUUCUCGUUACUGUUAUCGAAUUUGCCCUUUCCGUAAAAUAUUACUGUUGCCAGUUGCUUUUUGCCUUUAAUCUUAACUAUUUUUUAAUUAGUAUUGAUUGGAUUGAUUUUAUAUAUGUUGCUUGUACGCGGGAAUAAUGCAAAGUAAACGUUUCUGUGGCUCUUAUUCACUUUUUUUUUUGGCGGCGGGGGGAGGGGGCUUUCAAAUAUUUGUACCUAGAUAAGCCUAGAAAUUAAUAUGUAGCGAACAUCACACCUCCCAGUAAGCAGUACAAACAAGCUAAAUAUAUUAAUUCGAUUUUUGCCGUUCUUUUUACUUUUCUUUUUACAAAAUGGCGAUUAUUUUUUGCAUGGAAAGAUUGAAGCAAAAAUAGAAAAGCCCGAUUGAAGAACGUCGUUUAACUUUAGAAUGUUUGAAAUUAAUGAUCGUUUCGUUGCGAAAAAAUGCAAAAAAAAUUAUGAUUACAAUCACGAAAAACUGCUGAAAGCAACUUUUUAAUAACUAAAUUUGGGAUUUUUCAAUUCAUGAGGAAAAAACGUCAAUCUUAUGAAAUAAAAUAAAACCUGAGAAACUUAAAAAAUUAUCCAUAUAUAUAUAUGUAAAUAUUUAGAUGUUAAUGAUUUAAAUAAUUAAUCAUCAAAAAUAAAAUCAUUCUAAACUGUUCACACUUAAAACACUAGUCGAGUAUACGACAGAACUGAAAAAAAAGUCUUAAAAUAUAUGAUGGACUUAAAAAAUUAAAGCGCUAUAAUAACUAUAAGUAGUGUUUGAAAACUUGAGAAAGAUGUUGAGAGGGACAAAAAUAGAGAAAUAAAGUUAUAAUGGAAAAAAAUUAACUAUUUUCGCUUCGUUAUACACAUGAUAUCAAAAGUUAAAAUAAUCUUAAAAUUAAAACACAAAAAAAAAAAAA